UCCGUUCUUUUGGUCCGUUUCUUUUCCUUUUCGUUCCCUCGUUCUUUUUUCAAAUCCACCUCUUCUUUUCGACUCCCUGCCUUCGGGGUUUUUGGGGCUUUUCCCCUCUUCUCCCUCGCCCUUCUCCGCGGUCUCUCUUAACCCUCCACCCCGCUUUCUGAGCCCCUUCUUUCGCGUUUUCCUCCGUUUCUUUCUUUUCUCCCUCCUCCCUCCUCCUCAUCCAAGGAGGGAAACUGUUUUAUCAAGGGAGAUUUUCUUCAUUUCCCCCACCCGAUCGCUUCGCCGCUCCCCCCCCCUGGACACCACCCUCUUUGUAUGCGCCAAGGCAGCUGCGGAGGGGGGUCCCAUUCGCCAUCGAUCGGGAAAGCGAAGCACUUCCCCCCCACCAGCCCGCACCCGGGACCAAUCCGUUCCAACCCGCCCCACCCCGGGAGGAGGAGGAAGAGGCGGUAGAGGAGGAGGAAAGGGGCGAAGAAGCCCGAUUCUAGAGCCGUCCGCGGAGGAGCCGCCGCCGCCGCCCGGCUGGAACCCGGCGCGCCCUAAGCAUGGUCACUCAGAUAAUCAGCACAAUGGAGACCCAAGUGUCCAAUGGCCCCACAAGCAACAGUUCCCUUCCCAAUGGGCCACUGAUCAGUGCCAAUGGCGCCGCUGAUGACUCCAAAACUAACCUCAUAGUCAACUACCUGCCCCAGAACAUGACGCAGGAGGAAUUCAAGAGCCUCUUUGGAAGCAUUGGAGAGAUUGAAUCCUGCAAGCUGGUCCGAGACAAGAUCACUGGGCAGAGCUUAGGCUAUGGCUUUGUGAACUACGUUGACUCCAAUGAUGCAGACAAAGCCAUCAACACAUUGAAUGGGCUCAAACUACAGACAAAAACAAUCAAGGUGUCUUAUGCACGGCCUAGCUCAGCUUCCAUCCGUGAUGCAAAUCUCUACGUGAGCGGACUGCCCAAGACCAUGAGCCAGAAAGAGAUGGAACAGCUUUUCUCGCAGUACGGGCGCAUCAUCACCUCCCGCAUCCUUGUCGAUCAGGUCACAGGUGUCUCUAGAGGAGUGGGCUUCAUCCGCUUUGACAAGAGGAUAGAAGCUGAGGAGGCCAUCAAGGGGCUAAAUGGGCAGAAGCCACUGGGAGCCAGUGAGCCCAUCACAGUUAAGUUUGCCAACAACCCCAGCCAGAAGACGGGGCAAGCAUUGCUCACACACCUCUACCAGACCACAGCCCGGCGGUACACAGGACCUUUGCACCACCAGACUCAGCGAUUCAGGCUCGACAAUUUGCUAAACAUGGCAUACGGCGUCAAGAGUCCUCUCUCCUUGAUCUCCAGGUUCUCUCCCAUCACGAUCGACAGCAUGACCAGCCUGGCGGGCGUCAACCUGACAGGGGCCUCCAGUGCUGGCUGGUGCAUCUUUGUGUACAACCUUUCCCCAGAGGCAGAUGAAAGUGUCCUGUGGCAGCUUUUCGGUCCCUUCGGGGCAGUCACCAAUGUCAAAGUGAUCCGCGACUUCACCACCAACAAGUGCAAGGGCUUUGGCUUUGUCACCAUGACCAACUACGACGAAGCAGCCAUGGCCAUCGCCAGCCUCAAUGGCUACCGACUGGGUGACCGAAUCCUCCAGGUUUCCUUCAAGACCAGUAAGCAACACAAGGCAUGAGUGAGCGAGUGAGCAAGAGAGAUGGGCGGGAGGGGGAGGGGGGGAAGCAACCGAUGUGCUGGAAACAGCCCUCUUCCCCAACUCGCCACAAGAACAGGAAUGUUCAUUGACUCAAUUGUUGCCGAAUAGUAAACCGCCAGACACCGUGAUCUUCUCUGGGAAGCAGGAGGCUCCUCCCCCUCCUUCUCCCCUGUGCCCGACAGCCCAGCGGGGAGAACAGACGCAGCAACAUGUCAGCCACUUUUUGAAAAUCAGACCCUGCUCUGGCAAGGUGGCAGGGGAGACAUCUAUUUAGAAUAGAACACCUCUCUGUUUAUAUGCUUGGUGACCCCCCUCAUCCAUGUCCCCCCCCACACACACCCAUUCUAGGCUUUCCUCAUCCCUACCCAAGUCAGAAGCUUUCCCUGGUUGUCCAUUAUUUCUUUUUGCUCUAUGAACACUGACCUCUGUAUUGCUCUUUUGACGGGCAGGAUAAAAACCACUCUCUGCAAGUUGUGAUAGAAACACACCCCCCCCCGAAUCAGAAUAUUGUGGGUCAGCAAAUUCAAGAGUGUCUUGCCUGCUCUUCUGAGCUAGACCAGCGGGGAAGACUUACAACUGAUCCAGCUCACCACCUUUGUUCUCCCUGGAUGUAAAACAGGAUCAAUGUGGUGGUGGGGUGGGGUGGGGAGGAGGGGAGGACGCUCUCAUCUCAUCCCUUGGUCUAAAAUGUUAGCGUUUAUGUUGUCAAUCCCACCACUUUGCCUGUCCCUCAACCAGAAGGAUACUCUACUCUAUUUGGGAGGCAAACCCAGUCCCUCAAGUCCUACGCGAGAGCCCUUCCUGCCUGUUCCCAGAAAAGUCUCAUUCCCUGGGAGAAGCAAAGGCCUGUUUCCCCCCAAAAACCUCUGUUUUGUAAGGCUGCAGAUCAGGUCUAUUUGUUUUCUUCUUUGAAGACUUUGGAUUAAAAUAAGACCAUGGGCCAUGAUAUUGUCAAAGCAGGGAGGUUUGGGGGAUCUUUUACUGAGUCCAUGAUUAUUAGAGUUAAUACGACUUCUAGCCAGAUUGUGUGGGCUAAACGAGUUAGCUUCUUUUGGAUCAGAAAGAUGGUCUUGGUCACUAUUUGAGAGUUAGGUUGGUGGUACACUUAAAAGUGCUAUUUUUAUCUCCUCUCCAAAAUCAAGCUUCCUUCCUUCCUUCCUUUCUCAUAAAUGAAGGUUCAAUGAAGAAUUUGCGGGACCAAGCAUGGGGCCAUCUGAAAGAGAGGGAGAGGAGGGAAGCAACCCCAGAGUUGUGGUAAUUGAUUACUCAAUAAGCUUGAAAGGCGUUUUUUGAUAAAGGGGAAGGUAGGGAAGGGCUAGUGGGUGGGGUCUUCCGUUCUCUUUUUCAAAGCGAGAUCAAACAAACGACUGAACAAAGGGGGGGAUACAUGAAACACGCCGAAAUAGGAAACAAACAAACAAAAAAACCAACAAAAUUUUAAAAGAGUUUUAAAAAUCUAUUUUUAUAAAAAAGGAAAAAAAAAGACCUUGUUGGAGAUUUUUACUGGGAUUCUUGAACUUUACACCCCCUCACAAAAAAUUGGGGGGGGGGAGAAAAAGAGAGCAAGCUGGAGUGCUAGUGCUGUGCACACCCUAAUCAUUCAGUCCUUGAGGUCCUUUCCAGACCAUGGAAAAAAUGGCCCCUCGUAUUUUACGGAUAGGGCUUGCAAGUCCUGUAUAGAAUUUGACAGAUGACACAGGGGGGUCCCCAUGUAAUUAAUUAGGGUGGGUGAAUAUUAGCCUUGUUACCGUCAAGCCUUGCUUGCAGUGGGGGAUAGCCAUAGCAGUGUUUCAGUUUGUUGUGAAUGGAUCCAAACCAGCAGGACUCCCUCCUAAAGAAAAGCUGAGUUUACCCCCUCCCUUUGUCAUCUCAACCCAGGAAAGUCAAGUAAGUACAGCAAUGGAAGGGUGGGUUUGAGCUUCCUUUUUGUGGGCAAAGGUUUGAGACCCAUGGCAAAGGUGUUGUUCAGCAGUGAUCGCUCAGCAGGGGAAGCACAUGGCACUUGGAGACAUUUUGAGAAGUCUUACAAGCAUGCACAUUGAAACAUAGGCCAGUUCGUGGCACAGGGAUUGAGAAAGGCAGAAAAAAGGUCAUAUUUUUUUUCUUGGUCAGUAAUGGCUUGGGUACUAUCCAGUAGACAUGUACUCUGAUGUUUACAUAUCCGUGUUCCACAAGCAUUCCGAACAGCAUUGGGAAAACACUCCCUUCCCUCAAAUAGAGAAUGCUGAAAAGAUGCCUAUUAUCAUUUGUGUUCUAAAAAUUUUAACCAGGAAAAAAAAAAGCAAAAAUAACCCUUGGAAGAGGCCUAGAGAUAUCUCGUGCAACAGGAAAACUUGUACCAUCCAGUCCCAGCCUAACUCCAGGGGUGAAAUCCUUAUCUGAGGAAAGAGAGCAAAAUUAAUUUCAGGAAUAAUUCUGCCCUCUUUUGCUUUUGUGUCUUUUGUUGGGGCUUAGGAAUGAGGCUGAUGAUUGUAAUACUGAUCCCCCACCCCAAAAAUCCACCUCCUUCCACCCUUCUUGCCCCUGCCCAGCAAGGCAUGGAAAAAACAGAGGAUGAUUUGAGAUUUUUUUUUUUGUGCUUUAAUACUAGCAUUAGUUUUACUUUCAUUCCCUCCCCCCCAGAGGUAAUCAGAAAAUAAACAAUCAGAAAAAUUAAAACAACAACAAAAAAACCCCACAAAACAUGUCCCAAGCAGCGAGGUCCUGCUCAUGUGAGUGUGUAAACCAGCUUAUGCAGGUGGGUUGCGUCUGCUGCAAAGACCUGUUGCUGUAGGUCUUUCUUGGGAACUGCAUCCACCAGUCUCCAAAAGCAUGCAAAGUUCCCUUAGGGCAGCUGUCAGGGUGGGCUCCCUUUGUUGACCGUCCUGCUCGCCAACGUAGGCACAGAAUCAAUGAGGACACCAAACCAGACUUGACCCCCCCCCAAAGUCCAUUGCCUACCACUGUUAGUCAGCCACUGAGGUUGAGUGCUUGAAAACCGCCAAGACUGUUAAUGCAUAACAUCGCGAAGGAUCUCAGCAGAGGAAGAGCUAGAUCCUCUGAGAAAAGGGCACAGUGCAAUGCAGUGAUCGUCUGCCACAGAGAAAUAGUUUUGUAUCACAGAAAUAUAGACUUCCCAAAUGCAAGGCAGCUUCAGACUUUCUGCAAGGUUCCUAUGCAAUACAUUUAACCUAGUGCCAACAGUGUGUUAAAUGCUAUGCAGAUGUUUUCUCGGUUCAGAUGGCAUGUAGAACACCCUCAAAAGAAAGCCGUGAGUCUCUUAGUUUAAGAGACAACCGUCAUUUGUAAGGAUGUCCUAAACAUCUAGUUAAAUGUAAAGAUAAACUACAGUUUCAAGAUGCUAUCCCAAAGAAAUUUUCAGCUUUGAGUUUCUCAUGUUGCAGCCCUAAAGAUUAAGUUAAGGAUAAGUUUGGGCCAUGGGAUAGUAGAGGGACCUAGGCAUACAAAUCUGGUAAGGGACUUGGAGCAGAAGGCUGGAAAAGCUGCAAAUCCUCUCCUGAGGAUCAGUGAUAGUACUUUUGAAGGGCACCGUAGCAGGGAGCCAAGUGGCAUUGACAUGGUGGUGGUUGGCAUCGUCUUCCUUGGCUUUUUAAGGUGGGACUUGACAGGGAGAAGUGAACGGUUGCUAGAGGGACACUCAUUGCUUUCCGACUUGCCCUCUCUUUCCCAUACAAGUGGAACAUUUGCAACUUAACCUUUCCAGGUAGCAUAAUGCAUCUACAUGGUUCUGUGUUACCUUCCACCAUUAAUUGGCAGUGCUGAGAACAGUUUUGGUACUGCCUUUGUUUCCUUUGGUUCUAUGGUUCCCUGAAAGUCCUAAGCCACAUUCCACCUGAUAACCUACAUGGCCUGAGCAAGGCUGAGAGUGGUGGAGAGAAGGUUCACAUGAUUCUUGAUAGUUACCGUCUGUACAUGGGGGAAAUGGGUGGGGUUGGGGGCAGAAUAAGGAGGUCACAAAGCAGGCCAGUGCAACUCCUUUCUCUGUCAAUAAGGGGCCCACUUUUCUGUUCCCACUUCCUCAUGCUGACAGAGUUAGUAUUGAGCUUUGUUAGUAGUCUUCACUUGGGUUUGGCGUUCAACGUCCCAUCUUUUCUCCUGCUCAGCCGCCGACUCAAAUGAUUCAGUCCUCCUCCCUGGCUUCAGGUUAACCAACACAACCUACCUCUAAAAUGGCACAAAAUUCCCAUCCUCAGUUGUUGUGCUGGGUUUAGAGCCUGUUGUGUUGCGGCUCAUCAUCCCCAAGAGUGAAACCACGUCCCCCAGUGCCAGCCAUUUCUGUAUGCCACACUGCACCGUUAUGGAGACGACUGCUAUUGCGCAUAUUUUCAGCUCCCCAGAACAAGCUGGCUGAUGUGAAGUUCUUCAGGGGAAGGGGAUCAGAUCUUGCCUCUUCUUUGCUGUAAGGUAGUUGUGGGGCAGUCAGUCUGGAGGGAAGGUCUUACAAUCCUCAUGCUUUAAGAUUUCUCUCAGGGGGCUUCCCUUUUCCUCUUGGCAGCAAUAAAUCUUCCCAUUUUUUUUUCCUGAGAUGCACACUCUUGCUUUGGUGUUUGGCCUUUUCUGCAGCCCAAGGCAGCAUGAGCCACUGGUUACAGAAUCAGCCAGUAUGGUUCCCUUGUGCUCAUCUGGUAGGAAGGUGAGCUUCUUGGGCUGCCUUUCUGGAUCCUUGCCAAAGAUGUGCUUGAGCAUGAUGCUCCCUCUCUGAUUCUGUCCUAAUGCCAUGUGCCCUCCUGUGGAAUCUGAGUACAUUACAGCCAGCAUUGGUGUGUGCCACGGGCAUGCAUGUGCAUGGGGGUGAGCAUGAAGGAGAGAUGGUGAACCCCUGGGAAAGGCACUAGAUUCUUUGGCAGAGGUUUUGGCGUCCAUCUGGUCACCAAGCAGGAAGCCCCACUGUUGGGGGACCCUUCUGUACUGAACACAGAGAAGCCUCCUCAAAGUAUCCUGCCCCUCGGUUGAAACAAAGGAGGCUGCCACUGCAAAGCUGGAAUCUGCUUUUAGUGCCCAGGAGGAUUUAUGACAAAGACAGGUAGCAAAAAUAUGUUCACUUUACACGACUGAUGUUAAGCCAACAUUUAAAAAGGAUUUCUCUCACAGGCGUCUAGAUUCCCCCCCCCCUUAGCCCCCCAUCUCUGGCCUUACUGUUGUCUGUGACUCAGUUACUGCCAAAGCAGCUAAAAGGGGCCUGGCUGGAACUCCAUUCCAGCUGAACACCAUCAUAGUAGGCAGCUUGAAGUGGCCAAAGAAUUGUAGCCAGGAAGGGAAGCUUCUCGGAUGGUCUCUCUUCUUGGGAGAGAUGACAUAGCUCCAUAGGGCCUCUACUCAGCCACCCAUCUUGGAUUCAGUCUCUGGUUAUUUUGAAGUGACUGCUGAGUAAAAGGCAAAAAUAUCCCCCCCCAUCCCACCUUUUAACCAGAUGGAUCUUCCAUGCUGUAGAAACAUUUCAUUUCACUAAAAUUAAAAUAACACAGCCCUUUAAGGGGAAAAAAA